UUUUUUUUUUUGAGAAAUAACUAUGCCUUUUCAUAUCAUUCUUGUAAAGUUUCUUUCGAAUGGUAGUUUUGAUUAGUGUUUUAAUUUUAAUGGUUAUUUGCAUUGAAUUAAUAAUUCUAAAACAUCUGUGAGCAUAAUUUCCUUUUUGCAAAUCAUUUAUGUUUUUCAUUUGUUGGUGUGUACUAUGCUCUGAAACUUAAGACUCAUUGUCUUCUUAGUAUUUAAUUCUGGAUCUAAGGAACAAAAUUUUAAGCAUCAGAGAUGAAGACUCUGGUGCAAAAAUGUAUGAAGCUAGAUCCCCAUUGCCAACUCCUAGAUUUUUCAAGGAACAGUCGUUUUCUUCGAAAAAGGAUAAGUCCAAUUCAAGUGCUUCAAAACCUCCUCCUACUCCUCGACAAAAGCUUCAUGGAAAUUCAUCGUCUGUCAGUCGUUUAUUUUCAACCAAAUCACAUAAUUCAGAACGUGCACAGAGCAUUAGUUUUUUAGAUUCAAAAUCAUCUCUAUCAUCUUUGUAUGAUUCUUCCAGUGACAAGUUAUAUUUCCAUCAAUGCUUUGAAGUGAUUUGUAAACUUGGAUCUGGAUCAUUUGGUGAAGUUUUUAAAGUAAGAUGUAAAGAAGAUGGUCAACUAUAUGCAAUUAAAAGAGCUAAGGAUAAAUUCUGUGGAAAAUCAGAUAGGGAUAGAAAAUUACAGGAAGUAUUAAAGCAUGAAUUGUUACCUGGACAUCCAAAUUGUGUUCGUUUUUAUAAAGCGUGGGAAGAGAGGCAACAUUUAUACAUACAAACAGAAUUAUGUAGUUGUAGCUUGAGCCAGUAUGCUGAACGGAAUCACACUAUUCCAGAACAAACUGUAUGGAAUUUUUUAGUUGAUCUGUUGUUGGCUGUGAAGCACUUACACGAUCACAAUCUAGUGCACUUGGACAUAAAACCUGAUAACAUUUUUAUUACAAAUGAUCGCACAUGCAAACUUGGGGAUUUUGGUAUUGUUUUGGAUCUGUCGAAGUCAGAUGUAACUGAUGCCAUAGAAGGUGAUCCUAGAUACAUAGCUCCUGAAUUAAUGCAAGGUGUUUUUUCCAAACCUGCAGAUAUUUUUAGCUUAGGCAUUACAAUAUUAGAAUUAGCAUCUGACUUGGAUCUACCUCGAGGAGAUGAAGAAUGGCAUCUUUUAAGAAAUUUAAAAAUCCCAGAAGAAUUUUUAAGAGGAUUAAGUGGUGAGCUAACAGAAGUCAUUUCUCUUAUGAUGGAACCUGAUUACACAAAAAGAUAUUCUGCUGAUGAAAUUUUGAGUAUCAAUUCUGUUGCUAAAAUAUUACAGAAAAGAAAAGCAAGACUUUGGAAUUCAGAACAUCAUGACAGUUAUUCAUCUCCAAAAAAUUAUCUAUCUCUUUCUUCAGAAUGGAAUUCAAGUGUUCUUGAUGAUGUGUUUGAUGAUGAGCUUUCCAAAUUUCAUAGUUCUUUUAAUGAUUCUCUAAAAGACAAAGAUGAAGAAUUUUGCCAUGAUGUAUCUUUUUACAGUGUUCAUAACAGUAGUUUUGAAUUUCCCAGAAAUAUUCAACGUGGAAUGUCAACUCCUUGUGGAUUCAGGUACUGGGAUGCAAAAUCACAUGAUACGUCUGGUUCUCCUUGCUUAUCUAGCUCCAAGAAAAAAGGGUUGUCCCCAUCGAAUGAUAGUCCUAAGUUUACCAAAAGUCCACGUUUGCAACUAUUUAGUGCUCGUGGUUCAGAAGAAGAUCUCAGCAUAUUAUCUGCGCCCGCUAAAAAUUUAAUGAAUUUAUUUAAUUCAGUGUCAUCAUCUGACGAGUCUUCUUAGUCCUGCAACCUGCAAUUUACUCUUCUUGCAAGUGAUUUGUACAUAAUGUAAAUCAAUUUAGAUAUGCAUAGAUUUGUUAGAUGCAUAUAGUUCUGUAUGUAUAGACUGAAUUUUUUAAUGUAAAUUAGUAAUAUUGUACUUUCUUUGUACAUUAA